AUGGUUGGUUACACUCAGAGGUUGGAGAAGCUAGGCUUUCCAAUUGGCCAAGAGUUGGCUACUGAUUUCAUUCUCUCGUCUCUUCCGCCUAGUUAUGGAAACUUCAUCUCGAACUACCAUAUGCAUGGGGCGGAGAAGGGCUUGAAUGAGUUGUGUGGCAUGCUAAAAACAGCAAAAGCUAACAUCAAGAAAAGUGCAGGCAAUAGCCAAGUGUUGGUUUUCCAAAACAAGCCUAACUUUAAGAGAAAGAAGGGCAACGCUUGGAAGAAGAAAAAGGGCAAGGCUAAGGAUGAGAUCCAUAAGCCAAACCCACCUGCGCCCAAGGCUGGCCCAGAUGCUGACGCUGAGUGCUUUCUCUGUAAUGGGAAAGGUCACUGGAAGAGAAACUGCAAGUUGUACUUGGCGUCCUUGAAGAAGGAUGGCGGUGGUAAAGGGAAUGAUAAGAAGUAG